AUGUAUGCACACGGGUGCUCAACGAUCGUGGCCAAGAAACUCUUAGCCGGAUGGUCCGGGGGCUUUGGCCCAGCGGGUGUAGGUAGGGAUUGGCAGCUGCACGGCCUGAGGGAUGUGCUGAUGUGGGUACUGCCCUCUACCAGUGGACGGGCGGUCAUGACGUGGGAGCAGAGGAUCAGUCCGUUUCGCGAACUCAAGGCGUAUCUGACCGAGAAUACGGCCGAAUGGGUUUAG